AUGGGCCGCGGACGAAAGGUGGAGAGCGUCCUGAGCGAGCUGCCAGAGCCGACCGAGUCCCAAGAGAUCGUGCGCGUCACUGGCACGCCCGGCGGCAACCUCGUGCAGGUCACCGACGAGGCGAGCCGCACGUUUCUCGCGCGAGUGCCGUCAAAGUUCCGCAAUGUCAUCUGGAUCAGGAUCGGAGGCUACCUCAUCGUCGAGCGCGAGGCGGAUGAGGAGGCGGAGGGGAGGGAGGUGGGCAAGGUGCAGGCGACGCUCGUCCACUACCUGUAUCGCGACCAAAUCCGCCACCUGCAGAGCCGGUCGCUCUGGCCGAGCGCGUUUGCUGACGGCGACGGCGCGGCUGCCGCCGACGAGUACGGCAGCGAGGCGCUGCACACCAACACCAACCACGCGUUCCGGGACCUGCCGCCGUCGUCCGACGAGAUUUUCUUCUUUUGGUCUUUUCACUACGGUGCUCGCGGAUUCGACCGUUACGACUCGUAUCCCCCCGCCGAUCCGCGAUCGUGCCCCGCCACCCUUAUGAGGACAGAGGACGACGGCGCCUUCUAA